AUGAAUCCUCCAGCGUUUUUAGGAGGAGUUAAUCUUGUAGCUACUGAGAACUGGAUGCAAGAGAUCGAGAAAACACUGACAGUGCUCCAGCGCAUCGAUGAGCAGUGGGUUCUUUAUGCCUCGUAUAAGCUGACAGAUGAGGCUAAGAGAUGGUGGGUAGCUACAAAGUUGUUGGAAGAACAGAGGCCUAUGCCCAUGGAUAUGACCUGGAGCAAAUUCAGGGAGAUAUUUUUCGAUAGAUAUUUUCCCGCCACAGUCAAAGAGGCUAAAGUACAAGAAUUUCUAAGCCUGUUCCAGGGAUCGAUGACAGUCCAGCAGUACGUGGUGAAAUUCAUUGAGUUUUCGUGCUUCUGUCCUUAUAUCAUUCCAAAUGAAGCUAAAAAGGCUAGAAUGUUCAAUAGAAAAUUGAGGCGAGAUAUAUACAGGCAUGUUGCAGUAUUAAAGAUGCAGGAUUUUUCUGAGCUUGUUGAUAGAGUCAUGGUAGUAGAGGAGAGUGCGUAG